UGAGUUAUUGAAGAAACUUUAUUGGAGGUCCCGCGAGGACGCGAACUCGUCGCGCACCCGGCUAGUCCCAUUUCGGGACCGGCGGGUCUAGCCCACCAGCCCGGUCGCGGGCACGCCGGACAGCCAGAAUUUGUUUUCUUAGAGCGGGGCAACGCAGAUGCGAGUCCCACUCCUCCUUGGCAAGCUCCUCGCAAAGACGGACAACGCUUUCCGCCUCGUUCGCAGAAUUGCAAACAGACACCGAGGCAUGAAGGAAAACAAUCUCCUCAGGCUGAUCAAUGCUUUCGUACUAUGCCACUUCACAUACACGAUUUCUAAGCACAUCUCUUUUACGAGAUAGGGAACGGGUAGUAGCACCAGACCUGGUGCAGAAUGACCCGUGUCUGCAUUCACCCAAAUUUCAAAGAAGACUUCGCGCUUCCUGGUGGUUUUAUUUCCAUUUGCGAUGUACAGCCCCACAGUAACAGCGCUGCUUGGCCGAAACUGGAAUCGAAACUAGCCGAAGCUCGAAAUAAGCCUAGACAAGCUUUGUAGCUUUGCAAGUUUUAUUGUUUGGUCAUUACAAAAUUAACCUUAUAUAAUACUAUAAUUUUUGCGUAGAUUGAAAUAUAACGUAAUCAAAUACGGCGCAGUCAACGAUUAUGCUGCACAGAUACAUAGCUGUUCUUUUUUUUUUUUUUUUCACAGGCAUCACGUGGUUUUGCGUAAAGUACCGCGUAUUUUGACAGUAGUCGCGGGAUGCCGUGCCACAUUGGCGUGCGAUCCGAGGUGUUACUCUAUGUAGGCUUCAAAAUUGGAUCUUUCUGCUAAAUUUGAUAAACAACAAUUUAGCAGUAAGCGCAAAGUCUAUCUUAUUUCGACGUUCCCGCAGAAGCGGCAGCCGUCGGGACACCACUGAAACUUCACGUGACCCGAUGUUCUUUCAAGGUGUGGUGCAAUCGUAGUGCGACCAGUGCGACUUUGGCUAGUCUAUGCUUUGGCCCUGUGGCUGGCUUUCUUUGUUUGGUCCCUUGUGACACGACCGUGCGAAGGAUCGACACGUGCGUCAAGACGCCACGAGAUGCACGCUCUCAGCCGGGCCCUGCCAGCGCUGCCGUCGACGAGUGUGGAAGUUAUUGGAUCGCAGCAGAUCUGUGCCUACUAUGAGGGAAUGUCCGCGACCGAAGGAAGUGAGACAGUCGCGGGCCUUGCGUGGGAUGGCACAGCCGCCGGCGGUCACGAGAGCAUGCCUUACUCCGAACAGAUCGUGGCUCGCCUAACAAAGCGAGGGCUGGACUUCGACCGCGCUUGUGAGUAUGACGAUAGCCACGCCGACUGCUGGCUUUUCCACGACCUCGAUCGAUGGAGCAAGGUCUUGCACCCGGUGAGCUUCGAACUGGUCGAAACCGAGCCGGCCAAGCUGGCCAUCCGGUCGACGCGGACACGUCGGCGUCAGCUCGGCGCCGACGAACUUUACGACGCCGCUUACGUCUUCUGCUGGCUGCCGAAGACGCAUCGCUGCGUUCAGCGCAUCAUGAUGGAAGACCCGGGGGCGUUAUUGUAUGGACCGGCCUCCACCCUCGCGUUGGCGCUAGGCCGGAGUGUCAACGUCCAGCAUCUGCAGCUGCGCGGUGCCGACAAAAAAGCCUACUGCCAAGAAGAGCUUUGCGAAGGGCUGGCUGGCCUUGGACAGCUCAAGAGCUUCGAAUUUUCCCGGUUCACCAUCAAUGCAUCAAUGUCGAGAUCCAUAGCGAAUUUGCUUAGACGAAACGCGAGCCACCUCAUUGCGGUUUCCUUCUCCGAUAAUGACAUGCCGCAGGAGUCCGUCAAGUGCCUCUUGCGAGCGCUGCAGAGCUGUCGCCUCCUCGGCGAGCUGUCUAUCGUCGGGAGCAAGAUUUCACGGGAAAGCGUGAACUCUAUCGCGAGGCUACUGCGCGUCGCGAAGUCCUUGACCAAAUUGACGCUCGACCAGGCUCUGGAUGACGUCAACCUAUUCACUUUAGCAGAGGCACUCAAGGACAAUACGUCCCUACUGGAGCUUCACAUUUGCCAGUGUGACACGGGCUUCGAGCUUCUUUUUAAAGCGCUAAUCACGAACAAGACCCUGAAGCACUUGGACCUGAACGGUUGCAACAUCAGCGACAGUAAUGCAGAGUCACUCGCGACAGCACUGCGUAGCAACGUAGGGCUGACAAAGUUGGAAUUAAAGGGCACUUAUCUCGAUGCCGACUCAAUGGUGACACUUGCUAAUAAGCUUAAGGAGAACUCUGCUCUCGAGUUGCUGGAUCUGAGGAGGAACACCGUGACUGUACGUGCUGUCAACACGUUCUGCAGUAUGCUGCAAAAUAACAAGACGCUAAAGAGUGUGCUGUUUUCUGAAGUUCAAGCUACACAACUGGAAAGGUCAACUCUCUCCUUUGCCAUGGCCCAAGCCGAAGGCUACAGCCGCAUCCAGAUGCCUUGGGCUGAGCCCGACCUUCCUCCACUGUCUGCAGCCGUGGCACUUGGUUCAAAGUCGCUCACAGAACUCGACCUAAGCGAUGCCUCCGAACUCUCUGAAAUGAGCAUUUGUGCGCUGCUUCAAAAUCUCGCCACAAAUGAAUAUGUGCGAACUGUAACAGUCGAUUUAGGAGAUCGCAAACAAGUCGCUGUUGCGUUGUGCUGUGUGCUCGCCUUGAACCAAACUAUCCAGAAUCUUAAGAUUAGGACCCAUGGGCUGCUUGGCAUGGUCGCCAAGGCGCUCGCGACAAAUACCACUGUGAGUCAAGUAUAUUUGGAAAGCUAUAAAGUAUCCUUGAGGUCGCUCAAGUCGAUUGCUUUUAUGCUGACAAAGAACACUGCAAUCACCAACCUGAAAUUGAACAUUGGGGACUCCAUGCGCACCAAACGCCUUGCCAUUCUGUCGCGCGCCCUGGUGGAAAACCAGUCUAUCGUGGAUUUGACACUGACCACCAUGACAAAUGCAAACCAUGUGUCUUCCCGUAUGUUCACCUCGAUUCAACGGAACACCAGUCUUCUGAACAUGGCUGUGAGAUUUCUCACACUCCAGAGGCUAGAUAGGCAGGCUGCAGUGGCAUUCGAAGCCCUCAGUGAAAAGGCGUCGCUUGUUCCACAGCUAAUGAAAGUGACCAAACAGACUGAGGCCGAGGCAAAAAAGGCUGUGCGGUCGGCAAAGCGUUACAUUCAGUCAAACUACUUUCAGCUAGCGGGCAUUGUGAGAGAAAGUGUUGUUUUCCACCUUGGCAUGGGACGAGAGAUUCGUGCCUUGAAUUACGGGUGCCUCUCUGCCAUAGCACGAUAUCUCAAGCUGUCAGAUGUUGUCUGUAUAGAUUGCAGCAACCCUAAUAUACAGCCGUAAUAUAUUUGGGUAGGUCCAUCCCUUGGGCCUUGGACCGCGUUUCUUGGGACUAUACAGCAAAAGUUCCGACUUCAAGGGGGAGCAUCUAAGACCGGUGGGUUCGAGAUAGGUUUCAAUAGUGUCUAUUGCCUCCUGUAAGGCUCCCUCAACCUGACCAUCAUUGCCUCCUGUGCACCAUAUAGUUAUAUCGUCAGCAUACAUAGUGUGUUUGAUGCCUUCAAUCUCGAGAAGCUUUCUGCUUAGGUCAACCAUGGCUAUAUUGAAUAAACAGGGGGAAAUGACUGACCCCUGUGGGGUGCCCCUCUCGCCAAGUUCCAGCAGUUGUGAUUCGAGAUCGGCCACCCAGAGGGUAGCCUUCCUAUCCGAAAGGAACGAUCUAACAUAAUUAUAAAAUCUCUCACCCAGAUUGAGCAGAGAUAUCGAGGCUAGGAUAUGCGAAUGUAGAACGCUGUCGAAGGCCUUCUCAAGAUCAAGUCCCAAAACGGCUCGAGUGUCGCUAGAGUCGUUGUCUAUGAUUUGAUGUUUAAUCAAUUUCAUGGUAUCUUGUGUGGAUAGGCCUGGUCUGAAUUCUAUCAUACAAUGGGGGUAAAUGUCGUUAUUCUCCAGGAACCGGGAGAGUCGAUUCAGGACCGCGUGCUCCGCUACCUUACCCACACAGGAUACACAGGAGCAGCUGUGUAUGUGGGGAGUUUUAUUAUUCCACUCCGCAAUGGCAAGUAGCUAAAACAUUUUGUCGGUGUUAACCUCACUGAUGUUAACCUUAGUUUCCAAAAAUUAAAAACAAAAGACAGCAUCACUAUGAAGGUGCCCCGAUUUUCUUUGUUUUGUAUUUUAUAUUUAGCUGUUUGCACUUUCAUUUUAACCAAUUCCAUGUGGGAAGACAAGCAUUAUUAUGAGCAGUAUUACAAAUUGUUUGCACUUUAUUAUGAUAAGCGAUAUGAUGCCAUUUGCAGUAAGCUUGAUCAUGGUUACCGAUGGUGGAUAUGAAAAUGUGGAAGCAUCUUCAAAUAAUAUUUUACAAAGGAAAUGAUUGUGCUGUAGUGACAACCAAUGGCAAUAUUGCACUGGCAAGCCAGGAUAACGGCAGAUCAGAGCAUAACUGUGAGAUGGUAUUCAUUGACAGCACUUUAGUAAUCGCACCUACUUGAAUUAGUAAUGGUUGAAUGCGAGUGCUUGCACUGCUGGACAUGUGUCAUGAAAGGGCUUUAGUGUAAAUGUGAGCACCCUGCACGGUGCAGCCAUCAAGACAAGCAGUCAUACUAUUCAUACUUGCAAGUAGGUUCUGGUGCUAUCUUGUUUAAGACAUUGCAAUGUGCCUGCAGAAACCAAUACAAAAUCGUCUUUCUCUGCUCUCCAAAACAGGGUAUCCAGCACUAUUGAAACGUUGCAAGCUGAUUUCUACAUUUGCACUAACUUUGAGUAUGCACUGGGGUACGUUGUUCAUGCUAAUUUGUCAGUUGAGAAGUUGCUGCAAUAAAGAUGUUCUUGCAUUUGA